AUGGCAUCAUCAUCUUCUUCUUCUGAUGAGAGUAAUUCACAGUAUUCAUGUUCCCAACAGAAGUGCAAGUACGAUGUCUUUCUAAGUUUUAGAGGCUUAGAUACUCGCAAUAAUUUUACAAGUCACUUGCACAAAGCUUUGGAAAACAGGGGAAUAUCCACCUUUCUAGAUGAUGAAAGUCUAGAGAGUGGUGGACCCAUCUGGAUAGAACUAGUGAAAGCUAUGGAAGAGUCUCAAGUUGCUGUAAUCAUUUUCUCAAAAAAUUAUGCUACGUCGAGGUGGUGCUUGGAUGAACUAGUGAAGAUUAUGGAAUGCAAGGAAGAAAAAAAACAAUUAGUCAUACCAGUCUUCUAUGAUGUGGAUCCAUCACAUGUUCGAUACCAAAGUGAGAGCUUUGCAGAAGCCUUUGCCAAACACGAAUCGAGGUAUAAGGAUGAUGUAGAAGGAAUGAAGAAGGUCGAAGGAUGGAGAUCUGCUUUAACUGCUGCUGCAAAUAUAAAAGGACGUGAUAUCCGUGAUAAGAAUGAAGCACACUGUAUUGAGGAUCUUGUUAAUGAAAUUUCGCCCAAAUUAUGCACGACUUCUUUAUCUUAUUUGACAGAUAUUGUGGGAAUAGAUGCUCAUUUAGAGGAAGUCAACUACCUUCUAGAUAUGACAAGCAAUGAUGUCCGGAGGGUGUGGAUCUGGGGAAUGGUGGGAGUUGGUAAAACGAGAAUAGCAAGAGCUAUUUUUGAUUUACUCUCAUCUAGAUUUAAAUUUGAUGGUGCUUGUUUCCUUCCCGUCAGUAAUGAAAUACAUUCUCUUCAAAGUAUUCUUCUCUCUAAACUGGUAGGGGGAAAAGAAAAUUGUGUGCUUGAUAAGGAGGACGGGAAGCACCGGAUGAGUUGUAGACUUCAGUUGAAGAAAGUUCUAGUUGUGCUAGAUAACAUAGAUCAUGACGACCAACUGAAAUACCUUGCAGGGGAUCUUGGUUGGUUUGGCAAAGGCAGCAGAAUUAUUGCAACAACAAGAGACAAGCAUUUCAUAUGGAAAAAUGAUGCCGUAUAUCGUAUGACUACACUAUUUGAACAUGAUGCAAUUAAGUUGUUCAACCAAUUUGCCUUCAAAGAUAAAGUUCCAGAUGAGUGUUUCGAGGAGAUGACGUUGGAGGUAGUACGUCAGGCUCAAGGCCUUCCUUUAGCCCUGGAAGUGUGGGGUUCUUCCUUACAUGAGAAGGAUAUACAUGAGUGGAGAAGUGUUGUUGAUCGAAUAAAGAGGAACUCUAGUUCAAAAGUUGUUGAAAGCCUCAAAGUAAGUUAUGAUGGGUUGGAGCGUGAAGAUCAAAAGAUAUUUCUAGAUAUUGCAUGCUUCUUAAGAGGGAAAAAACAAACCGAAAUCAAGCAAAUUCUUGAGAGCUGUGGUUUUGGAGCUGAGGCCGGAUUGAGGGUGCUAAUUGACAAGUCUCUUGUGUUCAUCUCUGAAGAUGAUAUGAUUCAAAUGCAUGACUUAAUACAAGAGAUGGGAAAAUACAUAGUGACAAUGCAAAAGGAAAGGGGAGAACUCAGCAGACUAUGGCGCACUCAAGAUUUCGAAAAAUUCUCAAAAGCAAAAAUACAAGGGACCAAGGCAAUCGAAGCAAUCUGGAUACCAGAAAUUCAAGACCUAAUAAGCUUUAGCGAAAAGGCCAUGAAAGAUGUGGAAAAGCUUAGGAUAUUAUACAUCAAUGGUUUUCAUACACAUGAUGGUUCCAAUGAUCAGUACCUUCCCAGCAACUUGCGUUGGUUUGACUGUUGUAAAUAUCCUUGGAAAUCAUUGCCAGCAAAAUUUGAUCCUGACGAGCUUGUUCAUCUUGGUCUCCAGCAGAGUUCACUGCUUCAUUUAUGGACUGGAACAAAGAAAUUUCCUUUCCUACGGAGGCUAGAUCUCAGCGGCUGUGAAAACCUCGAGGAAACACCAGAUUUCACGAAUAUGCCAAAGUUAGUGUAUUUGAGUCUGGAAGGGUGUAGUAAACUUACGAAGGUUCACCAUUCCCUAGAAAAUUCCAAAAAACUCAGGAAGUUAAAUUUGAGAGAUUGUAAAAGGCUUGUGACAUUUGAAUGUGUCAGCGGGGAAUCUCUUGAAUAUCUAUAUAUACAAGGUUGCUCUAGGUUAGAGAAAUUUCCAAGGAUCAAGAAAAAAGGGAAGCGGGAGAAAAGGAUUCAUGUGCAAUGCUCUGGGUUAAGUAGACUACCAUCAGAUAUGUUUAAGCACCAAUCUAGUCUUACAGAGCUAGAUUUGAGUGGCAUGAAAAACCUUGCAGAACUUUCAUGCAGCAUUGGCACGUUGAAACAUUUGGUGAUGCUAAAAGUGUCCUACUGCUCAAAACUCAGUAGGUUGCCAAAAGAGAUAGGUGAUUUAGAAAACUUGGAGAUACUUGAGGCUAGAUAUACUCUAAUCUCAAAACCUCCGUCUUCCAUCGUCCGCUUGAACAAGCUUAAAUCAUUGACUUUUGAAAAAGAUAAAUCAGAAUAUGGAGUGAACUUCGUGUUCCCUCCAGUGAGUGAAGGGUUAUGCUCAUUGGAAAAACUGGAUCUCAGUUACUGCAAUUUAAAAGAUGGAGGACUUCCGGAAGACAUUGGAUCCUUAUCCUCUUUGAAAGAGUUGAAUCUCAGUGGAAAUAAUUUUGAGUAUUUGCCUCGUAGCAUAGCCCAGCUUGGUGCUCUUGAAUACUUGAACUUAUCAGAUUGCAAGAGACUUACACAGCUACCAGAAGACAUUGGAUCCUUAUCCUCUUUGAAAGAGUUGAAUCUCAGCUACUGCAAUAUAAUAGAUGGAGGACUUCUGGAUAACAUUGGAUCCUUAUCCUCUUUGAAAAAGUUGAAUCUGAGGGGAAAUAAUUUUGAGCAUUUGCCUCAAAGCAUGACCCAACUUGGUUCUCUUCAGUCCUUGAACUUAUUAGAUUGCAAGAGUCUUACACAGCUGCCAACAUUUCAACAGCAAUUAGAUACAGAAUACGGUUCGAGCAAUGAUUCGAUCUAUAAUUCGUUGUUUCAUCAUACCUCAUCAUCAGCGGCAGGAUCAAGAAUUUUGCUCAGGAGUUUGAGGCAUAAAUAA